AUGGCGUCACUGUGUGUUUCUCACCGCCGUCCAUGGGCUUCAGCAUCCACUCUUUGCAUUGCUCCUCCAACCAUUCCCCAUCCUUCUUUACCCACUGUCGGACCCACGACACAGCUCAGGCCGUUCUUGCCCGCCACUGAAAUCAUACUGGUUCGCAGAAUGUGGCUCAACAACUUGCUGUUCGCUUUUGCGGUGCUCUUCGUCGUAGUCAACUGCAUCGACCCCGAGAUCCUCGCAGAGCCCAUCAAGCACAUUCUUAACGUCAUCGCUGUGCAGGGUACCUUGUGCUACCUGGUUUGUUGUGUCGUCCCCCACUUCGAUGGCUCGCCUGGUGGCCUUGAUUGUGACUUGACUACAACUCGGGUCAAUGGGACUGCUCAAGGAGACUAUGCUGCCACCUUGUAUUCGCUUCCUCAGACGGAGGAACUGGACGAGCUCACGGACCGGCUCCGAGCUGCCGAGGUCGCCCUGCAGGAGACGCCUGUAGUCACAGCCUUUCGGGAGAGGUACGAGGCAAUGGUGGCAUUUGAUAAUUAUCGUCGGCAAGAGAUCCUCUCAAAAGAACUGCACCAUGCCCAUUCGACCGCGACUUUGCAAAAGAACCAGCUGUUUGCUGCCUUCACAAGCGGCUCGACAGACCAAAUGAAUCCCGAUGAAGUGCUCGCCGACUACGAGGCACUUGAGAAUAAUGAGCAGGAUCUCGCACGUCUUUUGCACCAGUGGGAGCAAUCGGGUCCAAAGUCUCUCCAGGACAUGGCGGCUGCCGAGCUGGAAGAAGCAUACCAACUUAUGGACAAGCUCGACACGACCGAUUUCGAGUCGCCAAAGGCCGAAGCCGAGGCCAAACAUGGUUUUGAACAGCAUCUGGAGAACGCGACCCAGUGGGCAUUCUUGCUUCAUGACGAUCCCCGCGAGCCGAUGCGGCAGGAGGCUGGAAACAUUCUCGUCAACCACGGUGUCACGGAAGCUGUAGACUAUCUGACCGCUCGUGGUAUGUGA